AUGGACUCUUCGAACGUGGAAGCAUUGAAGAAAGUCUACGCCGAUGUGAACGACAUCGAUCUUUACACGGGCAUCAUCCUUGAGAGACCUCUGUCAGAUGGAGCUAUUGGGCCCACUGGAGCAUACAUAAUCGCCGAGCAGUUCUCAGCCUUGAAGAAAGGAGACCGAUUCUUCUAUGAGCAUCAAGUGGCAUCGACGAGAGGACUGAAGCCUGGUACUGUAAUUUUUUGA